ACUGGCGUAAACUGGCGCGAAUUGUACAAACAUCGCGAACUAUUUUGUGUGGGUUUUCCUUUAAUAAACUCUCGAAAUUGUGUAAAUUUAAGUCUGUUAUAAUGGAACCGGAUGAGCUUGAAUUUAUCGGAGAAAACACCACCAUCGGAGUGAUUCCUAACUUUAAUCAUGAUCCGAUUUACCUAAUAUCGGGAGCAAUCGGGCCAUUCCGAGGUGGUCAGCCGUUGCAUAUUCCCCUGUGGUUUGCGAUCCAUCUGAGACAACAGCAGAAGUGCCGUAUAGUGCCGCCGCUGUGGAUGGAUAUAGGACUGCUGGAGGACAUUAAGGAGGAGGAAAAACGUACAAGGAAUUUCACAAAGAUGCCCAGCGAACAUUACAUGGUAGAGGCGAAACUUGUUCUCAGCACGGCUCCAGAAGACGUCCCGCAAUCGGAUGAGAUAAAAACCCUCAUCAAGGACAUUUGGGAUAUUCGGUGUGCAAAGUUGCGGACUACGAUGGACAUGUUCAUCAAGGGCGAGGGCGAACAGGUCAAGCUGGAUAACAUUACGAUAGUGGAGUUGAAUACGAUUCGACCGUUUCUACCCCACGCCAUGGAUAUGCUGAUGAGGAUCCUGAAUGCCAAGAAUGGUCCCGCUCCGAACUUGUCCAUCCACAAUCAAUCGGCCAUGAUCAAUAGUAUGAACAGUUCGCAUUCACGGUAUACGUAGCAGCGGCCGCUGGUGGGAUAGGUAAGUAGUUGUUCUUAUAUGGAUAAUUCGACGCCAAUAUUUCAAAAGGGUUUUACUGCUCUAGAACCACUAUUAGUCGGAGGAAAAGCUCCUCCUUAACUUUGUAA